AUGGCUUUAGCAGCACUUACUACCGGGGAUAAAGCACCUAUCGACUCGACCAUCACCUCGACCGAGGCGGUCGAGUCGGCUACCAGAGCUCCUGCAACUGCUGAUCCGGAGAAGAACGCCUACGAAAUCACGGCUUCGAGUUCGGCUGAAAGUGAUGAAUACCCCACUCCCACCGAAGAAGAAGAGAAGGUUCUUCGCAAGGUCGCCGGCAAUCUACCGCUUGUGUCCUUUUCUCUGUGUCUGGUCGAGUUUGCGGAACGUGCAUCGUAUUAUGGAGCAAAGACUGUCUUCUCCAACUUCAUCCAGUUUCCCCUGCCUGAGGGUAUGCUAUUCUUCCCGGCGUUUAACAUUGGCAGUAGCGCUGAUAAAAGAACAUAG